AUGAAACUUACAAGGCCUUUGAGUAUAUUGGGAAACCUUUCUAGAAUCAGUGAUUGUGGUGGUAUUUUGCUAUAUUUGAAACUGGAGAAACUUCAAGAAGGACAAGUUGAGAAGCCCUUUGAACGAAAGCAAUUAAAGAUUAGAUUCCCUGAGCGAGGAAGAAGUGGGAGAACUGUCUUAAUGGUUAAGAAUCUAAAUUUUGGAUAUGGUGAUAAUCUGUUGUUUGAAAAGGCAAAUCUUUUAGUUGAGAGAGGCGAGAAAAUAGCCAUUAUUGGGCCAAAUGGAUGUGGAAAGAGUACUUUACUGAAACUAAUUAUGGGCUUCAAGAAGCCUCAGGGGGGUGAUGUCUUGCUCGGGGAGCAUAAUGUGUUGCCAAAUUAUUUCAAACAAAACCAGGCAGAAGCUCUUGAUCUGGAGAAAACUGUCCUUGAGACUGUUGAAGAAGCCACAGUGGACUGGAGAAUUGAUGAUAUAAAAGAUCUCCUUGGUCGUUGUAACUUCAAAGCAGACAUGCUUGAUAGAAAAGUUAAUUAUUCAGCUUCUGCGCGACUUGCUUUUUGCAAAUUUAUGGUGAAGCCAUCUACUUUAUUAGUUCUGGAUGAACCUACCAACCAUCUAGAUAUACAGUCAAAAGAGGUGCUAGAGGAGGCUAUAUCUGAAUACCAAGGCACUGUUAUCACCAUUUCUCAUGAUUGUUACUUCAUAAGACAGAUAGUUAAUAGGGUGGUGGAGGUGAAAGAUGAAACUCUGCAAGAUUAUGCAGGCGACUACAAUUAUUAUCUGGAGAAGAACCUCGAGGCUAGGGAAAAAGAACUGGAGCGUGAGGCUGAGCUUGAAGAAAAGGCUCCAAAACCAAAAGCCAAGUCUAAGAUGUCAAAGGAAGAGAGAGAAGUCAUGAAGGAUUAA